AUGGCCUCGACUGCGUCGGGACGCGCGGCGGCGGCUGCAGCCUCGGCGGCCCUGGCCGCGGCGCCAGGGAGUUGGGGUAGUCGCUCUCGCCUCGUCUCGCUGAUGGCGCGGGGUAUUUGCCUGCUCACUGGAUUCGGAUUCAGUUACUCGUUCGCCAAUCCUGACGACGACACCGUCUACGAAAUGUUCCCCCUCGAGACGCAGAACAAAUUCGCAGUCGUCAGCUUCUACCGCGUCGAGAAGGAGAAGAUGAACGAGUUCGAAGACCGGGCGAAAGACUGUUGCCGAUUCAAUCAACAACAACAAGGGUAUUUGUUUACUCGGCUGCUUCGAGCGAAGUAUCCUGAGGAGGCGCCUUAUCAGUAUCUUCAGAUAACCACUUGGCUCCGAAUCGAGGACUUCCUCUUGGCGCGUGACAGGCCGAUUGGCGAGAAACUGCGGCGCGCGCUUCCUCUCCUCAGCCCGGCGCAUCCGCUGCUCUAUCAGAACGUCGCGGACGACACAAAAUACACGCCAGCGGCGGCGAACGCAAUCCCACAGUCUUGA